AUGCAGCAAACAUUGUCAUAUUCAUCAACGCCAUCCCCCACUCGACCGCUAGCGACAAUAAGCCAAAGCAUACAGACGCCAGAUCCAGCCACGCCCGCUAUAAUCUCUGUAGACUUUAGCUACGCCAACAACCCCGCAAUGUCGCCCUCAGCUCAAGGCAGCAGCAGCGCGCGCUUGAACUCGCAGCAGAGCACGCACGCUUAUAGCAGUCUCUUUGGUGAUCCAGUGCCGCCGCCGCAGCCAGAGGAUUACUUUGGCACAGCGGCAUUCGAAAGCAUACGCGCUGGCUCCUUUGAGCUGCAAAGCUCGGAGGAGGACACACUAGUAGCAGCUGUAGCACUGGAUACGUUAAUAGCGCCACCAGCAGCACGCCGCCUCUUUUCCAAUGUGCCCUACGCUAGUCUGAGCAGCAUGCCACGCCUACAACCGCCCGAUAUACAAAUACUGCCCAACUCCAGCGGCGGCUCAAGCUCCGAGCAGCUGAAUUCACCGAAUUUUCAGCUGCUAACACCGCAGCAUAUAGUCAACAAUCCUGAAGUGUAUGAAUGCGACUUUGAGCAGCAGACCACAGACAAUUAUGCGGAAAUCUUUGAGCCUACACCAGAACCCACGAUGUGCAACAGACCCUUAUCCGCUUCCUACAGCAGCACUACUCUGGACUGGUAUCGCCCCACUUCGCAACACUUUGCAGAAUUUAGUCGCAUACCCAAGCUGCGUCCCAGUUCGAAGAGCAUUAUGUGCAUGAAAAACGAUGAAAUGCAAUUUUCACCCUUGGCUACCAUGCUGCAGGAUUCGAAUGGCAGCAGCAGCGGCGAUGAGAAGCAAUUGACUGGCAACGCAUUACCAACACCCACCUCCACUAUGGAUAGAAAUUUGAUACUCUCACCGCAGCAGUUUAUGCAACAGCAAAGCAACGAAUUGCAGGCAUAUAGAAGAGAUAGAUCCGCUAGUCUUAUAAGCGAUAUAACUACAAAGACAGAGUUGACGCAACUGCAGUCGCAAACACCUUCGAUGAGCGGGCAAAUGUCACCAGUGGUUUUUAAGGAUUCUAUAUCCACCGGUGGAGAUUAUCGUGUGGGUGAAACGCGUCUACAUAAAAAAUCUUCCUUUACCAUAUUAUCGGUGCGUUCGCCCAAACCUUCACCGCAAGCUACGCCGCGACGCAGUCGUCCAGUCGCAGCUAGACACUCCAUACAGUCCACAACUACCUCUUCACUUGGCGCAGCAGCAGCAGCGCCUGUGCGUCCAGCACGUCGAAAAUCUUUAGCACGCUUGCCACAGCUGCUGCCGCUGCCACAAAUUCCAAACGAUGAUUCUCCGCGUCCCUCGGUGCAGUUCAACAUGAGCGCUGGUGGCUACAGUCCCAGCAAGCUAGCCAUGCCCACCAAAGGCAUAUUGCAGCAGCGUGACUCGUUAACCUCCUCUGUGGACACGUAUACGCCGCGUGCGCAUCGUCGUAGCUCCAUCGGCAAUUCACCCUUUGGUCAGCGCAUCAAAAGCUUGGAAACGCUGCCGCUUAUUACAGAUGCCCAUCGCAGCUCCAUUCCACGCUUUCAUCGCUCCAAUAUGGAGCUGCACAAGGAGCUGAGUGUUAUACCACCGGGAACAGUGCCGCGUUCUUUAAAGCCAAAUCCAAAUCCCACACGCGCACAGCGUGGACUGCUGGGCGUUGUGAACAAACAGCAGGAGUCGCCGCCGCAGCUGCCAGCAGCACGUUCGAAUUGGCUAAGUCUGGAUGACUUGGCAGUGAGCAAGCCCACAUUGGAACCUAUACGUCUGCAGGCGCGUCGGCGCUCCAGCUCUACUUCGCCCGAACGACGCAGCUCCACACAAACCGCAUCGGAUCGACGCAGCUCCAAUUUGAGCAGCAUUACCACCUCCGAUUUUAGUUUUCGCCGUCCCACGCUCUCCACGCUGCCAGCCACAACAACUAGACGCAAAUCUGUGUACGCGCCGCCUCAGCAAAGUCCUCGACGUCAGUCUAUUGUCAGCAAGGAGCACAAUAGGCGCGCCAAGAUUGCCAAACCCAGCAGCUUGUCGCCCAUCAUAGGCACACCCAACAAGGAUGCCAGCCAGCCGCAGAGUCCGCUGCAUGGCGCAGCCUAUGAAGCUGCGCAUAAUGAUAGCGCCUCCGAGUUCUCGCUGCGUCGCGAUUCCAUUUCGCGCAUACCCGUGCGCAGACGAAAUUCACGUGGUAGUCACUCCAAUUCGCCGUUGAAGGACUUUAUGCAAACGCCUUCAGGUCGAAAUUCACGCGCCAGCAACAGUCGCUCGCCGUCAGGACAGAUCAAUAUGCUGGAUGCACGCCUAACACCCACGCGCUUUUAUGGCUCCCGUCCCACGUCCAGAGAUCCACCUUCCAGACCAAGCUCGCGUCUAACACAAGCGCGUGAUUCCGUUGCUAAUUCACGCGCAAAUUCACGGCUGAGUGUGCGUUCUUCCUUAAGAUCCACCAGUAUUUCACCUGCCGCCAUGUCGCGUAGUAGUCGUGGCAACUCCACCACCACGCCCAAUCGCAGAAAAUCAGUGUCUGUUAGUCCACAGCCCAUGCUUGGACGUCGCAUGUCAAUAAGUCCUGUCAAGUUAGGCAAAAAGUCACCCAAGACAGCUCCAGCAGUUAAAUCCAAUUCCUCCGCCGAUGCCAGCAAACGUCGCAAUUCCCGCUCACGCAUCCCUACAAGCACCAAUGGCAGCAUGCGUAAGCUCAGCACUCCCUCCAAGAAAGCGGCGCUGACCACGCCCGCAAAAACAGCCGAAAAACCAAAAACUCCGCGUGCAGUCAAAGGCAAAAUACCAACGACAGCGAAACCCAAAGAAAAAUCCCUAAAGACAGAAAGUGCCAAAAAGAAAACAACAACAGUAAGCAGCAAAGCAGAGACAAGUGUAAAACGCACAGGCAGUAAAGUGCUAACAAAGCCAACGCCCAAGAAACCCGCAGCAAAACAAAAGAGUCCGCAAAUGGCCAAGAAAACGCCGGCCAAGACGCAAGCAACUGAUAAUGGCAAAAGUAAAGCACAGACAAAAACCAAUGGCAACAGUGGCCUACCCAGACCCUUGACACGAACCGCCUCAAAUCAGAGCAACAAAAAAGUUGCAGACAGCGCGGCGAAUACAGCAAAAGCGAAUGCGGCGAAUACAGCAAGUGCAGCGACAAAUGCAACAAGUGCAACACCCAAGGCCAAACAUAAAGCAACACCUGAGCAUGAAAAUAAAGUAAAAACUCCUGCAGCUGACACAGCAACGGAUAUUAAUCCUUUGGCUGUACAGGUAGGCAAUGCAGUGCUGCAAGCAGCGGAAGCAUUACCAGCGGUAAGAAAUGAAGUAGGUAGCAACACUAGCAUUAAACGACAAGGCUCCAAUAUGGGCACGCUGGUGCGCAUGAGCUCGCGCCUCAGCUUAAUGAGCAACAAGAAACGCGUGGAUUCGGCGCAGCAGCGCAAAGUGGCCACUGUGCAUGAAACUACAACAGAAGCGUCAAAGCCCAAAGACUUGAGUGAUGGCACGGAAGCACAAAAGACGUUGCAUGAAGUAGCUGAGCCCAAAACGCACGAAGCUGAAGCUAAAGCUGAGCACGGCGCCUCACCCACACCCAGCGGCGUAACUAAGCCUGACUCAAGUUCACGUCUGGACACUGCAGAUGGCGGCAAUGCUUUGAACAACGCUGCAGAGGCACAAAAGUCGCCGCUACCACCCACGCAACCUAUAGAAGCGUCUAUAUCGGUAGUGAAUGCUGCUAAUGGCAGCAGCACGCCCACAACUAAAGUGAAUGCACAUUCAAUAACAGCAAUGCCUGAAAUUGACAAUGAGCGCCCCAACACGCAAGAGGAUUCAACAGCGGAAUUGGAGCAAGUGACUUCAACGCCUGGUAGAGAUGAUUUUCAAGUGGAUGAUAAGAGACUAUCGCCAGACGGACAAGGCUCCACUGCAGGCAGUGGCGGAGUGACCAAAACCAGCAGCCAAGAGUUUCUCAAAGAUGAUGUGACCAAAAAAGGAUUUUGCAGUUGCUGCUCUACGCUGUGCAUGCGAUUUCGUCGCUCUCAUUGCUUUCGUUGCUGUGGCCUAAGAAAAGAGCGUCAUGGCACCGCCCUAGAGGAGCAGCCCGUGCUCUCCAGUGCACGUAGCAGCGCCAGCACAGCAGCGCAUGUAGAGAUAGUAGAUGAGCGUCAAGCCCAAAAGAAAAAGUCCAGAUGUUGGCCCGCAUCCAAUUGCUGUAGUUGUUUACGUAAAAAGUCCACUGUAGCGGAUACAGUUCCUUCGGAGAGUAAAAUGAGUGCGGCAAGCAUGACGCCGCUGCAGGCGAAUCGCAGCAAGCCGCAAGGCAAAUGCGGCAUGUGUCUGAGCAAGAUAUUCUGCUGUCGUUCGGUGAAUAGAGUGGAUCCCAUUACAGGCAAUGAAACGGAGUUAAGCAAGUGUUGCUUUUGCAUACCAUGCAGGCGUAAGAAGGCCGCCGCCAGUGAGCCGCGAGUAGCUUGGCGCGAUGCAGAUGCGGAACUGGGUAUAAGUGCUACAGAUGCGGCUAUAGUUGAGGGUUCUUCGCUGGCACCUUCCACAGCAGUCGCAGCGGCAGAGGCUGCACCCAAAGUUGGUUGCUGCAAACGUUUCUGGCUUAUGAUGCUCUGUUGCCGUAAGCAGCCGCGACGUGCCUCCAAUGCACGUCGUCAAAGCAUAGCGCCACCGCCAGCAAGUGAGGAAACACGUCGCAAGCUGCAUAAUGAUCUGGUUGAGUAUAAUUCCAAAAUGAAAGGCGCUAUUCCGGUGCUGCCGCUUUAUCUAGCUUGGUUUUGUGCCUUUUGCAAUGUCGUCUUUCCAGGCUUGGGUACAUUGCUGUCUGGCCUAUUCUGCUUGUGCGUGGGCAUUCCAAGAUUCUCACAGUUUGACAGCGCACGUGCACGCAUUGGUUCCUUCAUCAUCAACAUCAUUGUAGCCGUGGCACAAUUCUUUUGCGUGCUCUUCUGCUUUGUAGGCUGGGGAUGGUCAAUCUGGUGGGGCACAAUUAUGCUGAAAUGUGCAAAGAAACUUAGCAAAAUUAAAAAGGUGGAACGUCUUGAGUUGGAAGAGGAGCAACGUCAAGCUGAAUUGGCGGCCGCUGCUGUCCCGCGCGCCGAAACUGAAGCGGCAAAGACUUAAUGGCGCAAAUAUAAACUUAAGUGUUUAGCUUCCAUAAUAUAUCUACACUUCCAAUUAAACUUCCCAAACAAAGUUAUUUGGAACAUAACAGUCGUGCAACUUCCAUGGCAUAA